AGCGGCCCAUAGAAAGCGCAGGACUCGGGUGGACCAAAAUCGCCGAUUUAUAUGAAUCUUCCCCUUUUGUUCUUGGAUCUCGCUGACAUUUUCAUUGCCGUCAACGCUUCGCCGCCGUUCCGAUCCGUACAAUUGCCGAUAUUCAGGAUCUUCUUGCCGGCCGAUCUAUCCGGCUCUGAGUCGUAAUCAUGGCUUCAGCCAAUGGCAAGGGAAAUGUGAUCAAUGAUGUUGAAGCAAAAGGAUUCAAUCCAGCGUUAAUAGUACUUCUUCUUGUUGGUGGGUUGCUGCUGAUUUUCCUCGUAGGGAACUAUGCACUUUAUUUGUAUGCACAGAAGAAUCUCCCUCCCAAGAAGAAAAAGCCAGUAUCUAAAAAGAAGAUGAAGAGGGAAAGACUGAAGCAAGGAGUGUCUGCACCUGGAGAGUAAAAAACAGAAAAGAAUACGAAAAAAAUUUAACUUCCCGAGGUUUCCUUCUCUGUAGAACGUUUUGUUUUUCAAAAUUUUUCCUACAUAGACUGCCUAGAAAGUUGUUUAACAGUUUAUUUAUUUAUCUGCUGUCUUAAAACUCUUCAGAAAUGGAACUUGAUUUGUGAGUUUUAAACUCAUAUUUCUUGGGCUCUUUUCUCAA